AUGUUGGAAAAUCCAAAAAUAGUUCGAUUUGAUUCAAAUAAUCAAGAUAAUAAUCAUUUGGUAAAAGACGGUCGUCGUAGACGAAAAACGACUGUUGCUUUAUCACCCUCUUUAACUGAAUUAAUGACAGCUCAACGAAUGUUGGAUAUCGAAGAGCCUCUUGUCAAAUCGAAGAAAUAUCCAUUCUUCAAAGCCCCAAGGUUUGGUGGAUCGAGACGAAUAAGGAAUCGACUCGUUCAAAAGCAGGUGAGAUUUUUUCCGGUUAUUUUUCAUUAACAUUCUGCAUUUAGUUAGACGUUUUUUCAUUAAGCACAACCAAAAUCCUUUUUUUCCAUCUCUCAUUUCAUAUAUGGUGGAAACAUUCUUUGAAUCCGAAGUUUGACUAAUUAAAAGUUUCUAUUUUUGGAGAAGUGAAAUUCGAGAAUUGAAAUAUUUCAGAAUGAUUAAUUAAAUGAACUUUUUAAUAAAUCUCAUUGUUCUUUUUCAAAGCUGCGUGAAAUUUCUUGAUGAAUCAAAUAUCAAAAUCCUUUGUCUUAUUUUAUGCAAGGGAUUAUCUUUUCAAAAAAAAAUGAAUUCAUUUUAGUAACCUGAGAAAAUUGAUGUAUUUCUUCAAAAGCUUCCGCAAAAAAAUCAUAGCUCAAAAAACAUCAAAAUAUUCUGAAAAACUUUUCCAGCGCUGUAAAUUCACAAAAAUAUUUUUGCAGGGGCUUUGCAAUAUCAGUUUGAAAAAUGUUCCGAAACAACGUCGCAAAUAUUUUUCGUGAGUUUAUUUUUUUGUCUAGCACUUUUGACGUGUACAUAUUGGCACUUGAGACGACCCCCUGAAUUUUAUUUCAUUUUUUACAUAGAUGUUCAAUUUGUAUGUGUGUCUCGUGAAAAAAUGGCAUUUGUUUUUAUGAGUAAUAUUAAAAAUGAUAAAUAUUUCUCAACAAAAAAUCAUUCUAGGUGAACGUAUGUCAAAAAAGAAAAAGAAAAAUAUUUUUGAGCUGAAAAUAGGAAAAAAUAUCUGACACAAAUAAUUUUAUUUGUUUUUGUUUAUCUAACAAAAAAACUGAAAUUCUGAUUCACUUAUGUAUAACAUAAAGUGAACGGAAAUUAUGAUGAUAAUAAUUCUGAAGAAACACCAAAUUAACUUGUAUGAUAAUUUUUAUGAGCGCUGUAAAGUAUACAAUUCUCAUGGGAAAACUUUGAACCCGAACAAUUCAAUUUAUGAGUUACUUUUUAUUGAGAAAACCUGUAAUUUUAUUUUCUAGAUAGUGAAACAUUUUAUUCCAACACAAAUUGGUCUUUGAAACAGUAGAUAAAAACAACAUUUGUAAAUAAGAAGAAAAUAAUGAGUAAAAUUUGGAAAAAAUAUUUUUUCAAAUGUCAUAUGAAAGGGAAAAAAAAACUCGAAAAGGUCUUUUUUUCCAGCUUAUGAGAAUUGAUUCCAUUUCAGCUUGAUUGAUUGAUUCCAUUUCUGAGCAAAAAAAAUGGAUUUUUCUGGAAACUUCUCAAACAUUAAUUUAUAAAUUAAAAAAUUUGAAAAAACAGUGAAACAUCGUGUAAAAUUGUUUGACAGUCUAGGUUUCCAGUAGUUUGGAGCUGUUUUUAUAUGUGAGUUCCGAUUUUUAUAAAAAUUCGUCAAUUACCUUAUUUUAACCAGACGACUAACUUUUGAAUUGAAAUGAAUCAAUGUUUAUUCUCAGACUCCACAGUUAACUGUCUGGGCGAUAUUAACUUAAUGUAAGAUAAUCAGUCAAUACUUUUUAAAUCUUCAUAACUACCCUCAAUAAUUCAUAUUAUUCUGAAUAACGAAGUUUCUAAAAAGGACACAAGAACACCUGCAUUUGAAAAUUGUUUUCCCCCAUUUUUUUCAACAGAUGUUCAUUAUUUUGUCCGGUGUUCAAAGCUGCAUAGUUUGGCAAUGGUCCAAGUUUUACGGUUUUUGAAUAACAACAUUGUUCUUAUGGAAAAUAUUAAAUUGAGAAAACGAGAGUGAAAUUCAACGAACAGCUCAUCAGACUCACAAACUUACGCUCUAAGAUAUCAGUUGGAAUUCCAUCUAUCAAAAUAAAUAAAGAAUAAAAACAUUAGAUUUAAAAAUCCACAAAUUUUGUGCAAAAAAAUCAGAAUUCUCUUAAUCCAUAAAUAAAUUUUACACAAAAUUUCAGCGACAUUUUCACCACCGUUAUUGAGAUGAAAUGGCGUUGGUGCCUACUCUACUUUUCACUUUCCUUCCUCAUAAGCUGGUCCUUCUUUGCAACAUUAUACUUUUUGAUUGCAAAACAACACGGAGAUAUUGAACAGGUUUGAUAUUUGUAUGAUGUUUUGCUUUCCUUGGUUUAGUAAAUUGCACGCAUUAACCGCACAUUUUCAAUUUUUGAAUGCACUUCUAACAUAGAUCAAUAAAAAUAUUUUUGUAAGAAACUCCAGGUAUCGAAUGUCACGUGGACACCGUGCAUUGUCAAUGUGCACAAUGAGCUCAACGCAUUUUUGUUCUCUUUCACAACACAAACAACUAUUGGUUAUGGUUUCAGGUAAUAUUUUGAAUUGAAAAAAUGAUGAGAAAUAGAAAAAAAAUUCGAAAAGACCAACUCUCAUUUUUUAUAUGUACUUAUUUGAGCAUGAAAUUCCAAAUAAUCAAAUUAACUAAAUUUAGAGCGUCAAUUUUGUUUCAGCUCUGAUUUCAACAGAUAAAAAAUACAUUUCAAACUGCCUGAGCAAUAAAACCUAAAAUUCAUGGAAAAUCUACAUCAAAGUCCCUUAUUUCUAUUUUCGCCCACAAACAAAAAAUAAAACAAAAUGAAUUUGAAAAGUGAUAAAAACGUCAUAAUUUUAUUACAGAUAUCCUACAGACACGUGUCCGCUCACAAUUGUUACGAUGUGCUUUCAAUUCAUGUGGGGUGUUAUGACACAGGUAAUUCAAAUAUUCAUGUAUUAUUUAUAACUUGAUCAAGGAACACCAACAAACCUUACCGUACUUUUUUUAUCAAUUUUCUAGAAGCAUAAAACAAAUCACAUGUUUGCUGCUUGUCAGGAACUGUUUACAUUAUUUGAUCGCUUUGGUUUGCACCAAGAAUAUUUUUUUACAUAAUUUUUGUUUUUCAGGAAUCCUGCCUGGUUCCUUAACAAAAAGUACAAUAACAUUAGCAUUAGGUGACAAAAAUAAAUACAUAGUGCAAUAAUUUCUUGGAACAAGCGUAUCAAUGAAAAAAUAGAAAAAAACGUUAUCAGUAACUAGACUACUGUUCGGUUCAUGUUCUAGAACUGAUCUUUGAGGCAAUUUUUGUUGGUGAAUAAAAUUCAUUUUUCAAUUCCUCAUUCGAAAUGGCAUUAGAAUAAUUAAGCGGAUAACGUGGGGGUCUCAAAAAAAAAACGAUCUGCAGUCAGAAAGGAACAAAAUUACAGUAUUAUUUUUUCAGACACUUAUGGCUGGAAUUAUCUUUUCGAAAUUGGCUAGACCUAUCAAACGAGCAGCUACAUUGAUAUUCUCGAAAAAUGCGGUAAGUACAUUAUAAUUUACUGUAAGUACUUUGCCAAAGAACAUUGAUGUUUUAAGAAAAUGAUAGGUUUCUUUGGUUUACAGUAAUCUAAAGAUUCGAAAACGAACAAUUCUUGGAAUUCGUUCAAUGAUUGUAUUCAUAUCAAAAUAACAACAGGGUCCAAAAAAUUAUUUUUUUUAUAUUCCAGGUAAUUUGUCUACGCGAUGGUAAAUUGUGUCUUCUUUUCCGAGUUGGUGAUAUGAGAAAAUCGAGUCUUGCCGAAGCUCAUGUCAGAUUACAAGUCAGUUUUUUUUUCAAGUAA